AUGUAUUUCACUAUCCCUGUUCGGGCUAUAAAGUCUCUCGGCGACGUGCGCUCGUUUGCCAGGACUAAAACAUUGGCAAGCUUCGUCUCUUUCACAAAGGAGUUGAACGCAUCAGUUCGAGGGUUGAAACUAUCGGAAGAGAUUUUUAUUUCACCACUCCUACAGCGUCUUUUAAAGGCUCUUUCAUGUCUUGAAAAUACAGUGCGGCGCUGUCCACCAACUGGAGAUCUUAUGAGAUACGGCAAUGUGAUGUAUAGGGACUGGCAUGAACAGAUGGUAUCUUCAGCUGGAGGUGCGGAAUGGUUGUUCCAAACAUUGAAAUUUUCUCUGUUGCCAUAUUUUUGUAACAGCUUUGGUAAUGCAACACGAAUAGACUAUGGGACUGGGCACGAAAACUUUUUUGUUGCAUUUCUUCUUUGUCUCUCGCAGAUAGGUGUAGUUGGUGUAGCUGACCACGAGGCAAUAGUGACAAGAGUGUUUUCAAAAUAUGUUUCAGUCACACGGAGACUGCAAACACUUUAUCGGCUUGAACCAGCCGGAUCGCAUGGAGUUUGGGGUCUAGACGACUAUUAUUUUCUUUCAUUUUAUUGGGGUGCGUCACAAUUAGUACACCAGGACGUCAUCAUGCCGUGCUCAGUUCAUGAUGAUGGUCUGCUCAAGUCGAAGAAGCACGAGUAUUUGUAUUUUUCAUGCAUAAGUUAUAUCAAAAAGGUUAAGUGUGGACUCCUUCGUGAGACAUCGCCAACGCUGAACGACAUAAGCAGCGUGUUGAGCUGGGAAAAGAUAAACGACGGUCUUUGUCGUAUGUAUUUGGCUGAAUGUCUAUCCAGAUUCCCUAUCAUGCAGCACUUUCUGUUCGGUUCCAUUCUUACCUUUGAUCCUGAGAGGAAUGCUGAUGCGCGUGGAGAAUGA